GGGAGAGCGCUUCUCCCAAUUGGCUCUGGUAGGCGAGAUCUCGAGAAGCCCCCUCCCCGAGACCUCCGCCUGCGUGGGUCGCUGCCCUGGACCCGGCUGCGGGAGCGGGGGAAACGCCCCUGUCGCUGUAAGGUGCUGGGCUCUUCGAAGUGCGGGCCAGGCGCCCGGGCGCCGGCGCGGGUCCUGGAGCCAGAAGGGGAAGACCUGCUACCCUCCCCCUCCUCGCCGCACCCCAGCCUCCCGGGGCCAGCCCGCCCUCCGCCCACGGCUCACGGGCGGGCCAUGCGGCGGUGAACCAUGUCCUCCUACGCCAAGAACGGGACCGCGGACGGGCCGCACUCUCCCACCUCGCAGGUAGCCCGAGGCACCACGACCCGGAGGAGCAGGUUGAAAAGAUCUGAUGGCAGCACCACCUCGACCAGCUUCAUCCUCAGACAGGGUUCGGCAGAUUCCUACACAAGCAGGCCAUCUGACUCUGAUGUCUCUUUGGAAGAGGACAGGGAAGCGAUUCGGCAGGAGAGAGAACAACAAGCAGCUAUCCAGCUUGAGAGAGCAAAGUCCAAGCCUGUAGCAUUUGCCGUGAAGACGAACGUGAGCUACUGUGGGGCCCUGGAUGAGGAUGUGCCCGUCCCGAGCACGGCCAUCUCCUUCGAUGCCAAGGACUUCCUACACAUUAAAGAGAAAUAUAACAAUGAUUGGUGGAUAGGAAGGCUGGUGAAAGAGGGCUGUGAGAUUGGCUUCAUCCCAAGUCCACUUAGAUUGGAGAACAUACGGAUUCAGCAAGAACAAAAACGAGGACGUUUUCAUGGAGGGAAAUCAAGUGGAAAUUCUUCUUCAAGUCUUGGAGAAAUGGUAUCGGGGACGUUUCGAGCAACACCUACAUCAACAGCAAAACAGAAGCAAAAAGUGACGGAGCACAUUCCUCCUUAUGACGUCGUACCUUCAAUGCGUCCAGUGGUGUUAGUGGGGCCGUCCCUGAAGGGUUAUGAGGUAACAGACAUGAUGCAGAAAGCCCUCUUUGAUUUCCUGAAGCACAGGUUUGAUGGGAGGAUAUCAAUAACAAGAGUGACAGCUGACAUUUCUCUUGCUAAGAGGUCUGUUCUAAAUAAUCCCAGCAAGAGAGCAAUAAUUGAACGUUCGAACACCAGGUCCAGCUUAGCGGAAGUACAGAGUGAAAUUGAAAGAAUCUUUGAGUUGGCAAGAUCUUUGCAAUUGGUUGUUCUUGAUGCAGACACCAUCAAUCACCCAGCACAACUUAUAAAGACUUCCUUAGCACCAAUUAUUGUCCAUGUAAAAGUCUCAUCUCCAAAGGUUUUACAGCGAUUGAUUAAAUCUAGAGGAAAAUCCCAAAGUAAACACUUAAACGUUCAACUGGUGGCAGCUGAUAAACUUGCACAAUGUCCCCCAGAAAUGUUUGAUGUUAUACUGGAUGAAAAUCAGCUUGAGGACGCAUGUGAACACCUCGGGGAGUACCUUGAGGCGUACUGGCGAGCUACCCAUACAGCCAGUAGCACGCCCAUGACGCCUCUGCUGGGAAGGAAUUUGGGCUCAACAGCACUCUCACCAUAUCCUACAGCAAUUUCUGGAUUACAGAGUCAGCGUGUGAGGCACAGCAACCACUCCACAGAGAACUCUCCAAUUGAAAGACGAAGUCUAAUGACCUCUGAUGAAAAUUAUCACAAUGAAAGGGCUCGGAAGAGUAGGAACCGCUUGUCUUCCAGUUCCCAGCACAGCCGAGAUCAUUACCCUCUUGUGGAAGAAGAUUACCCUGACUCAUACCAGGACACUUACAAACCUCAUAGGAACCGAGGCUCACCGGGGGGAUAUAGCCAUGACUCCCGACACAGGCUUUGAGUCUGCAGAAACAAGGACAGCAAAAUAUUCAUCUGGUGACAAUUUGCCAUAGCACUGCUAGGAUAAACCCAUCAUCUUAACUUGGCAGGUACAGCACAGUAUUUACUGUGCUUAUGGGCUGCUGUCAUUUGAUGCUAAGUAAGGGGCAAAAAAAAAAAAAAAUGUACAUUAUGCCCUUAUGUCUAGAUUGAUAUUAGAUGUCCAAUCAUACAGAUAUUUUUCAGUGCAACAUUUACAUGAAAACAGUACCUUUUGUUUUCUUCAUUAGACUUAGACACAUCAAUUUGUAAUUUAGGGUUCUUAUUGAGGCACAUAUAAAAUAAUUUCCCAUGCUGGAAAUUCCAAAUGACCAGUUCCAGUUGGAACCAAUUUAUAAACCAAUUCCUGUUGGAAUUUGGGUGAAUCGACUAGAAAGUUUACUUGAGCAUGUUGCAAUCAAUUGAAAAAUUGGGGAGAAAAACUACUUAAAAAGAAAACCAAAAUACCAAUAGAAGCGAAAAAGAGCUUUGGUAUUUAAUUUGCUGGAAGAUAAAUUCACACUUAAAGUUGGAAUGUAUAAACAUUUUAAUAUAUGUUAAUGUUGCCAGAAUGGCUUUUGCAAACUUACCAAAUGUAUUGAUAGGGCCAAAAAAAAACCAAAAAAUCAAAAACAAAAAACUCAAAUUAUUGCAGCAAUUAUAUAACUCUCAGAUUUUUGUAUUUUUUUCUUUUCUUUCCUGGCACAGUUGUUGUAUUUGCUUUUUGUUUAGUCACUAUUGUUAAUUUGUUUGAAGUUGGCAAUGAAAUACAAAAUUUCUUCAGCAGUGAGAGAGAAUGGUAAAGAAAAGCCCAAGCAUAGCUGGUUUUAUGAAAUGGAAAAUGGGGUGCUGUUUCCCCUUUAAUCAAUCUGAGCACAACUAUAUACAUCCAGGAAUCUGAAAUCAGAUAGUAAGGAUGUGGCACAGAUCCUCCUGCGUGCAAGCGAAACAUCUCCAGAUGAGAAUUCACCUGUCCCACUUACCAUGAACAUGGGUUCAGUGUUUGCCACCAGCGCAAUUGAGUAACUUCUCCUUACUUCACUCCAUUUCUGUCUUUGAAUACCUGAACACCAUAGCCUUUCACCAAAUUCUUUAUAAUCACACUAAGAUUUUUGUUUUACAGAGACAAUUUUGAUAUUGAAAGAUGUGUUGUUUAUGCCAAGUAACUACUUGAACAAAGUUAUAAGAAAUUUGCAGGAUUUAAAAGAUUACAAUAAAAAAUAAACUCAUAGAUUCAGAAUAUACUUGUUGACUAAAAUUACAGCAAUUUUAAUGCAGAGUUAUAAAGGAUUUGGAGAUUGAGCUGCCUUAUUUCUAAUGAGCACUCUCCUUCACCUAUUAGGUCUUCACAGUUUUUCUGAUGGCUAUGAUUAUUAAAUUAGAGACUUUCUUAGUUAUCAAGGAAGCCUUAGUUCACUAUGAUCCAAGAAAUUAUUGAAAUUGACCCUUUUAUACAAUACACAAAUGUCUUUAAGAAAAGACUCUUGUUUCUAAAAGUCCAACAAUGCAUGUAUUUUCAAAAACCCCAAUAGGAUGGGGCCGGAAAAUCCUUUUCUACUGGUUCAUGUCAUGCAGCCUAUUUUUUGAAAACAAGAAUAAUUAAUUUUAUAUUAUUUCAUUUUUCCCUAGGCCUUUCAAUGUUUAGGCUUUCAAAGCAUGCACCAUUAAGUAAGUUGCCUGACCACAAACAUAACUUCUAUAUUCCUGAUCAGUUACGCGUAUCUUGAAACACAUUAAUGCUCCCAAAACAUUGUCUCUUUUUCAUGUUCACUGUGUGUACCCCAUCAUGAACCUGUUUAAGCUGAUAAUGAGGAUGCCUGGAAUUAUUAAAUCAUCUCAAAUAUUUCAUACAAUUAAGAAAUAUGAGCUCAGUAAAUUUUUGAAGUUAAUAUGUGAUACUAGUUUAUGAGGUUCUUUUGUCAUCUAGAAAAGCUUACAGAAAUUUCAGUUAGGACAUUUACAAGAGACGUAUCCAUUAGGCAUUUUAAUAAACAUAUAACCUGCCAUUAUUGAAUACUUUGUUAGAGCACAGGAGAGCAUUUUCCAGCAAACAAAACUAUAUUUAUUACAUGUAUAGCACAUAUUUGCAUGAGAAAGAAAACAUUAGCCAAAACAUUUUUUCUAUAUGCUUUACUGGUUUCUUGUUUGUGCGCAUUCAAGUAUUUAAUUGCAAAGAGUGCACCAAGGUGUAUAAAUUUAGACUAGACAGCUGUUCAGUUUUUUCUGUAGUAGCAUUAGCAAUCUGGUCAUUUAACUACUUUACGAUAUUUACAUUUUAUGGCAGGUAGCUGCAAUGGCAUUUACAUAUAUUUCCUAGUCAACAAUAUUACCAUCUUCUUUCAACUUUUAAAAGUCACUUGUUUUUAGAGGCCUUGUUUCUAAGUCUUUCAUGUCAUGCUGAUAAAGAGAAAGGCCCAUUCAAUAUCUGUGCAUAAAGCCAUUCUAUCAUUUACCAUACCAGUUUUGCUUUGCAUUCUUAUUCAAAAGCUAACAGUCUUGGAAAGGGUAUAAUGUAUAUUUUCAGGAUGGAUAUAUUUUAAAUUUUACUUUAAUUUGGGAUAUUCUUUUACCUUCCUUUUCUAAUAAGUUUAUCUUCUCCAAAUGAACAAGAAUUUGCAUCUUCCUUUUUUUGUAAGCCUUAAAGAGUUUAUUGUGUAAGUGAUACUAAAAUACAGGUAUAUACCAAAUGAGAGUUUUACUUUUGUCAAACACAUCCAAGCACUUUUGGAAAGUAUGUAUUCCACAAAUACUUCAUUUUCAAUUGAUUUCAUUUUUAAAAAGGCAAAUGAUAAUAAGCAGGGGAAAUAAGCAUUUUAAUGCUGUGAGGCUGUUCUAACUCAUAGCAUAAAUCACAUAUGGGAAUUCUGUAAUUUUAGUCUGCUGACUUGUAACAAUGUGGAUUCAUGUGACUAUAUGGAAAUGUAGUCCUGGAAGACAAGGAAUAUAACUUGUCGAACCUGAUGUUAGUUUUUACGGAUGUAAUGUGACUUCAAUAUUAUAAUAGAAAAUGUUACUUUCUUCAUUCCAAUAUAUAAAGUAACACUUAGAAAUGUUUGUAAAUGACCAAUGAUUCUCUCUUAACUUUCUACAGUUCUUUUAGAAAGAAAAUUGAAAUUGUUAACAAUUUAGACCAUGGUCUUUCCUAGUAAGAGAGUCUUUAUUAUAUGGCAGUAUAAGUUAUUGCAGUUUAGUCUUUAAUGAUAUGAAUUUUUAAAAUAUAAGACAAAUUCUGAGAAAAUUAUGUUUCCUUUAAACAAUUUGUAAUUUACUUUAAUUAUUAUUGUCAUUUGCAAAAAUGUAUUUUUGGAAUGUUAAGCUCUUUUCAUACCUGCAUACUUGAACUUGUCUUUUGGGGGCAGGGUGCUGAAAAUUCAUAAUAGGAGGUGGGGACAGUGAAAGGAAGGGGGAGAGGAGAAAUUAUGCCAAGAGAUGAUUUGCAAAUGUAAACUCUUUAAAUGAACAUAUCGUAAAAUAUUGCUGAGACCCAGGGUGUCAGUUAAGAAUGUUUCUAGGCAACCUUAUCCUGCAUACUAGUUACACAAUUUUAUUUUGGUAUUUGCUGAAAAAUAAAACGAUGUAUUGCCACUAUAGAAAUUGCCCUAUAUAUGGAUAUUUGUACUACCUCUUCUCUAGAGAAAAGAAUCUAUCUUUAAAAGGAAAAACAUUUGCCAAUAAGUAAAAUUUAUUUCUAUUACUACUGACCUUGCUGCAAAGCUAAAUGCAUAGUGUGAAAAUGUACCUUCCCUUUAGAUUUAAAACAUUUCCAAAAUGCUCUUCUUCCUUGUUAGUGAAGUUUUCUUUGAAUUGGUUCACAGUUUAUCAUGAGACAAGGUUAAUUUAAUAAAUAAGUCAUCAUUGGGAACAAAACAAACUGCAAGAGAAUUGCCUUUUGUGUGCCACUUGUUAAACUAUCUAGCUUUAAGUCUAAAAGAGAGUAGAUCUAGAGACUUGAUGUUUAAGUGCAGCUGGUUUGCAAAUUCGACUUUUGAUCCUUGACUUCUUUAUAGACACCCAGAACAUGACUUAGCCAUGGGUAAGGAGAUGUGUUCAUCUUGGUCUCCCAUGUAAUUGGAAGAGACGUCAUAUAAAUGUUCAAGUAAAUGCAAAUAUACCCCUUAUUCUUUUUAUAUUUCUGCCUUUGUCUUUCAUGACAAUGUUGCAUGUUAUUUUAAGUUUUAUAAAACUCACCCUUGAAUGAUUUUGUUAAUGAAAACUUUUAGGAAGUUAUGUAAUAAAAUUUGUUUCAAUAGUUCCUCAUACCUAUAAAAUACUAAUACUAAAACUGUUAUUACUUAUUAAAACUAUGUCUGUAGGGCAGAGAACAGUCCUGAGUGAUAAUUAUGAUCAAACCAGUCAAUGCAAUAGUUGUUAGAUAAUAAGGAUAACUUAAGCAGUCAUCAAGUUAGUCAAAGUACCAAAAUUGAUUUAUAUGGGCAAUUAGAGCUACAGCAUUCAAAAAUACUUUUUAAAGGUUUCUUCUUUGAUUUAAACAGUCUUUCUCAAAUGAAAUAUAUCCUGUUAGAGCAACUAUCAAUAUCUACUUGUGGAUGAUUUAAUCCCAAAUACUUCAUGUAAUUGAGGGGCAUUAUCAGAAGACUAGAAAAUAACUUAUCAAAUAAACCUAACGGCUGUAACUCCCACCUGCCAUGAAAAAUGUGUAAGAGUGAAUCAGCAAUGUGUUUCAGGGAGUCUAGUAACAUCUGAAACUUUCCUUUGUUUCUUUUGAUGUAUGUAAAAUUGUUCACAGAAAAAUGGUAGAAAGCAUUACAAUGAAUUUGGAGUGGUUUGGGGAAUGUGAUGUACUUCCUCAUUUGAAAAUAUAAGGAGUUAAAACGGGAACUAUCUAAGAACCAGAAGUGGCUGGCCUCUAGCUUUUCAGUAUUUUGUAAGUGUUCUUGGUUAUGUUUUGAACACUUAAAUUUCUCACGCAGGGGCCAUCUUGCCCUAGUUGCAUGCCACUUUCACAUACUUUUAACAGAAGUCAGUGUGAGUUCUGUAUGCUUAAGGGAUGUAUUAAAGAUGUGGGAUCAUUAAUGCUAUAUUGUUGCAUACUAUUUUUCAUAUGCCUUACUAAUAUUUUCUGGGACAUUAUUAAAAUGAAAGCAUUUUAUUGCCAAAAUAAAUCUAUCUAUGUUGUUAUUCUAAUCUGCAUUAGCAGUAGAAAAAUAAUGUAGCAAAAAACAUAUAUUGUACAGUAAAAAAUUAUAAGAUACAUAUAUUUUGCCAAUAAUAUAAAAAUAGAUUGAGGAGAAAGAAGCACAUUUGUUAUAGCACAAACUUUCAACAAAAUCCACUGUUAAAAUUGGGAAUUGUAUUUUUUAAAAGUAUAUAGAUUUAGUUCUACAUUUUAUCAGAUUUACUUCAUCUACCAUCUUUUUAACGUUCUGCUUAAUACUCUUCCAGCAAUUUAUUUCAUAGCCUUGCAAUUUGUGGAUGUAAUUUAUUUUAUUCCCUUCCAUAAAAAACUUAUUAAAUUUUAUUUUGUGAUAUGACCCAUACUAUAUUUGCUGUUCUUAUUUCUUCUCCUUCAGUAACAACUACAAAAAGUAACAGCAGGUGAGCUCAUAAGUAGAGCAUCUCUGAAUUUUGCACAUUUUUGAAAUUUUCUAUAUUUUCACAGCCUAAAGUCAGAACAAUCAAUAAAGGUGUCCCAACAAUAAAAUAGUAUUUAGGGAUUCUUUAAUUUGUUUUGUGCAAAAUACUAUUUUGAAACAUAAUUUAAAACCAUUAGCUGUUUUUUUGAAGGGUGGUGGGAGGGAAUUAAAAAUAGGAAACAUACUAAAAGUAAAACAUACUAAAAAUAAAUAUGGCAAAGUAAUGUAAAAAGGUUUUCCCUCUGUCCUGAGGGCUGUUUAUAUCCCAGGCUAUUGCUACAUCUUUAGCUACAAAGUGGAAAAAAAAAAAAAUAAUUGCCUUGGUCAAAUGAUUUUUUUCCGUUCUUUAGAUUUUAUUUAUUUAUUUUGAUAAUUUAU